AUGCCGGGAUCUCAACCAAGGCCGGCCUUGUCACGGUAUCGUCCUAUCGUCUACCUGCUCACUGGUGUCGCAGCAGCUUACGCUCUUGUCUACAUUAACAAUCUUAUCAUCUCUUCCUCAUCCCAACCAUCUCUACGUCGCCGAAGAACUAUACGCCGCCCGCGAGGUCUAAGGAGACGAUCGGAAGUUGUGCCCGUCGAAACUCCUUCUUCCCGAGCCAUCGCACACCUUGAGCAAUUAGAGCGCCAGAAUGGAGUAUAUGGUACAUUUCGCAUAGAAACAGAAGAUGGCCGACGUGUGGAAAGUGGGUUGCUUCCCUCGUUGCUCGCAACCCGGGAUCAGCUCAUGGAGGACGUCGGCGUUCCCCAGGCUCAUGCGGAGCGGAUGCGCGAGAUGAUGGAAGACACGUUUCUGGAAUCAUUUCUCGCUCUGGACUUCCCGCCAGCGCAUACUGUGGAAGAGGGCAGCGCGGAAAGGAACUAUUUGACGGAGCAGCUUCAGCGGCGUGGGAUAUCGCGUGCGGGAAUCGAGAGGGCCUUGGCUCGGUUCAAUGAAGACAGCAACUACGGAGAAGAAUUGCGUCGCCGUCGACAGAACGGGGAGAGGGUUACCUUGUCCACUUCUACCUUCCCCGAUGAAUCUACGCCCGCGCAAAAUAUGGAUGGUGGGGAGACAGUCGUGGAUGAUCAGAGCGUCUUUUCCUGGCGCGAAGGGCACAACGACACCUCUCCGUCGAGGGAAGGCCAGAACCUACUCAACCUACUUUAUCAUAUCGCCGAGGACCAAGCACGGAGAGAUGGCUAUAUCCACAGAGGCGUAACAUGUAACAGUUGUGGCGCUAUGCCGAUCCAAGGCAUUCGGUACCGAUGCGCAAACUGCAUUGAUUACGAUCUCUGUGAGACGUGUGAGGCAAUGCAGGUUCACAUCAAGACCCAUUUAUUUUACAAAGUACGGAUCCCGGCUCCUUUCCUGGGGAACCCCCGACAGUCCCAGCCUGUUUGGUAUCCUGGAAAGCCUGCCAUGCUUCCCCGCAGUCUACAUCGAUCCCUGGCCAAACGUCUGAUGAAGGAUACCAAUUUCGAGAACACGGAGCUGGACGCUCUUUGGGAUCAAUUUCGUUGCCUGGCAAACCACGAAUGGGCAGAGGACCCUAACAAGCUCUAUAUGGCGAUUGACCGCAAGACAUUCGAUCGAUGCUUUGUGCCCAACACAUCGGUCCGCCCACCCCCUCCAAGCCUUAUCUACGAUCGAAUGUUUGCUUUCUAUGAUACGAAUGGUGAUGGUUUAAUUGGCUUUGAAGAGUUCUUGAAAGGCCUUGCAAGCCUUAAUAAUAAGAGCAACGAUGAGAGGCUGCGCCGUGUCUUCCGUGGCUAUGAUAUUGAUGGCGACGGCUACGUGGAACGGAAGGACUUCUUACGAGUAUUCCGGGCAUAUUACGCUCUCAGCAGAGAAUUAACACGAGACAUGGUGGCGGGCAUGGAAGAUGACUUCUUAGAGGGCGGUGCACGAGAUGUUGUUCUUGGGAGCCAGCCAAUCAGUUCUGCAUUUCCUGGCAGCAUACCUACAGGAGAGGUGUCUAGGACCGGAGAAGGCAAGCGCGUCAACCAUGAAGGAGACAUGGAAAUCGUGGACAACGAAGGUAUCUUGCGCCCCGACGGGACCGACACUGGUGACCGGCAUGCCGUCGUUGGUGACGCUGCUGUUAGGAGCCGAUACGGAAGUAUCCGACCAUUAUUUCCAUCCGUCCGGUUGCCUGACCAAGGUAGACCCGGAGACGAGAACGUAGAUGAUGCCAGCAGCUCUGAUGGCUCCAGCUCGUCGGUUGCUACUGACCGCUGGCCUCCGGCCGAACAUAUCCGCGACGAGGAUAUUGUGACGGCUCUUGGGGCCUAUGUUCCCCUAUCAGAGGUAACUGACCCAGUUGACAGGGCUCGGAUCGGCACUGCUGUAUACCACAGAAUGUUUGAUGAUGAUGAUAGACGAGUGGAUGCCGCUCGUAGAUACGGGAUAGAUGAGCGGUGGCGGCGAAGGGCAUUCUACACCGAUGAAGAAGAUGGCGCCGCUGCGCCUGAAGGCUACGAGACCGAUUCAGACGCGGAUGAUGUAUCGGUGGAGGAUGACCUCCGUAGCCAACAUCCUGAGCUUGAGUCACAUCCGCCAUCUCCUCGUUCCCGUUCUUCGUCCAAAGUGCGGUUCCAGGACGACGUCACUGAUGACUACGACGUGAGGUCAAAUCCGUCAACAUCCUCACGCAGUAUACUUGUUGGUGAGCGGUGGGGAGGGUUCGAAAUCCCUGAAGUAGAAAGGGACGUUGGAAAGGAAAUCUUAUACCAAGUCACGCAGCAAGGAUUUAACGAACUGCUUGAUAUACUGUUCAAGCCCAAGGAAGACCUGCUCAUGGAAGUUUAUCGAACGCGCACUGAGCGCAAGAUCUGGGCCCGAGAGAUUGAGCUGGUAGAACAAAUAGAUGCCGGGAAGCAUUUCGCCCGACUGAAUGGGCAGACCGUAGACGACGAGGUCAAAGAGGAGCUGGGGCCUUCCUUGCAUAACCCCUUCGGCCACAGGUCACUCGAAGAACUGCUUGAACGGGCGGGAUACACUAUCGGAAGCCCGCCUUUGGAGCCCGUCCGAGACGGACCCAUUCUUGCUCCUCCGUCGCCUAGAUUGCGGCUCCCGGACGACGAUGUCCGUCCAACUCACCUCGCUGAUCCCGAGGACUCAACCGAGCCUGCCUUGUCCGUGACCCAACAGGAAGAGCCGGAUGUUGCGCCUGCUGUUCCAUCACCAGAAUCCCCAGUAUCAGAACGGAGUCGGGCACCAUCUGUUGAGUCCGAUUUUGAUCCUACAUUGCCACAUCACCGUCCAGAUCAAGAUACCCAGGAGCUACCCGAUACCUCUGGAUCACACUUUAAUGCUUACAGCGCUUCCCCAACACACUCUACCUUCCCGCAAACCCUUCCUGCCGAACUUCGGCUCCAACCUAACGGUACAACCUCAUUCCCGGCACCGCCAUCAAUCGCCGCCUCCUCCCCCGAAGCAGAAGCAACGGCUCCCAAACUCUCCCCCUCACCAAUCCAACCUCUACCCCCUGCUUCCACUUCCACCCUUCCACCUCGAGAUGGUCCAACCAUGCCCCCGUCUCCACUGAUUCUCUCACGCUGGGCCUACCUCAAUCGUGUUGAACGUGAAGCAAAAGAACGAGGAGGCACAGGCGCCAGGCUUAGUUUCGAGGAAUUCUCGCAUCGUAUGGCAGCAGAUCGAGGGCGGAGAUUGGCAUUCGUAGCUAGCUGGAUUGAGAUGGCUAGCUUCUAG